AUGCAUCCGCCGCCGCCUGCCGCCGCCGCCGCCGCGAUGGAUUUCAGUCAGAACAGCCUGUUCGGCUACAUGGAGGACCUGCAGGAGCUCACUAUCAUCGAGAGGCCGGUCCGCCGGAGCCUCAAGACACCAGAAGAAAUAGAAAGACUGACAGUUGAUGAAGACCUCAGUGAUAUUGAAAGGGCUGUUUACCUGCUCAGCGCUGGUCAAGAUAUCCAAGGAACAAGUGUGAUUGCAAACCUUCCGUAUCUGAUGCGACAGAAUCCUUCUGAGACACUUCGGAGAGUUUUGCCAAAAGUCAGAGAAGUCCUGCGUGUUGCAGGGGUGGAAAUGCAGUUAGCGGCUGCGGCGUCGUUUCUGACCAUCCUACAGGAAGAAUCAGUGUCAAUUCACGCCUAUGCCCACUCCUUCCUACAAGUCAUUCUACUGCAUCUGGAGCACAGGGAUGUAGGUGUCAGUAAUGCAUGGCUGGAAACUCUUCUGUCUGUAAUAGAAGCAUUGCCAAAGGAAACCCUAAGGCAUGAGAUUUUGAAUCCACUUGUUUCCAAGGCACAACUAUCCCAAACAGUGCAGUCUCGUUUAGUUAGUUGUAAAAUUUUAGGAAAAUUAACCAACAAAUUUGAUGCCCUUACCAUUAAAAGAGAAAUACUUCCGCUGGUAAAGUCACUCUGCCAAGAUGUAGAAUACGAAGUUCGAUCCUGUAUGUGUCGGCAGUUGGAAAACAUAGCUCAGGGCGUUGGGACAGAACUUACAAAAAGUGUGGUGCUCCCCGAAUUAAUAGAACUAUCUAGGGAUGAAGGCAGCAGUGUGCGGCUUGCAGCCUUUGAAACUUUGGUUAAUCUGCUUGACAUUUUUGACACAGAUGACAGAAGUCAAACUGUGCUUCCCUUAGUGAAAUCAUUUUGUGAAAAAUCUUUCAAAGCAGAUGAAUCAAUUCUUAUUUCCUUAUCCUUCCAUUUAGGAAAGCUAUGUCAUGGACUAUAUGGGAUUUUUACUCCAGAGCAACACUUGAGAUUUUUGGAGUUUUAUAAGAAACUUUGUACAUUGGGUUUGCAGCAAGAAAAUGGACACAAUGAAAACCAGAUUCCUCCCCAAAUCCUAGAGCAAGAGAAGAAAUAUAUUUCAGUACGGAAGAACUGUGCUUACAACUUUCCGGCCAUGAUUGUUUUUGUUGAUCCUAAAAACUUCCACGUGGAACUCUAUUCUACAUUCUUCUGCCUUUGUCAUGACCCUGAAGUGCCGGUCAGAUGUACUAUUGCCAUUUGCUUUUAUGAGGUUUCUAAACUUCUGAAUUCUGGAGUAUAUUUAAUACAUAAAGAACUAAUAACACUAUUACAAGACGAAUCACUGGAGGUACUAGAUGCCCUUAUAGACCAUCUUCCAGAAAUCCUGGAACUAAUGUCUACCAGCGGAGAAAGCAGUGUUCAAGAAAAUAAGUUAUCGGCUCUGCCUGACUUAAUUCCUGCACUCACAGCCGCUGAACAGCGAGCUGCAGCCUCUUUAAAAUGGAGAACACACGAGAAGUUACUACACAAAUAUGCCUGUCUGCCAAAUGUCAUAUCCAGUGAUCAGAUUUAUUACCGUUUCUUACAAAGAAUGUUCACAAUCAUGAUGACAAAUAACGUCUUGCCUGUUCAAAAGGCAGCAUCACGAACCCUGUGCAUUUUUCUGCGUUAUAAUCGUAAACAAGAGCAGAGACUCGAGGUCAUUCAAAAAUUAAUUGAACAACUGGGCCAAGGAAAAAGUUACUGGAAUAGACUUCGAUUUUUGGAUACCUGUGAAUUUAUCAUAGAGAUCUUUUCCAAGUCAUUUUUCUGUAACUAUUUCUUUCUACCUGCUAUUGAACUGACACACGAUCCAGUAGCAAAUGUGAGAAUGAAACUUUGCUGCUUAUUGCCCAAAGUGAAGGCCACUCUGAAGGUCCCUGCAGAUAAGCACCUGCUUCAGCAGUUAGAAAUGUGUGUGAGAAAACUCUUGUGUCAGGAAAAAGAUAAAGACGUCCUGGCUCUUGUCAAAAGAACCGUGUUAGAGUUGGACAGAAUGGAAAUGUCUAUGGACGCUUUUCAGAAAAAAUUUUAUGAAAAAGAUUUGUUGGAUCAAGAGAAAGAAAGAGAAGAACUGUUUCUUUUGGAAAUGGAACAAUUAGAGAAAGAGAAGGCACAGAAUGAUGGAAGGCCGGCGAGUGAUAAAGUCUUUGAAAAGAAACGUAGAGACACCAAGACACCAACAAAUCUGCCCAAGAGCAUUCCUGUUUCUGUCCCUGGGCCCUCUUCUGCCAACCCAUCGACAAGCAAAGAAAUCAAGAAAUCCAAACUGAUUCGAAGCCAGUCUUUUAAUAAUCAAGCUUUUCACGCAAAAUAUGGCAACUUAGACAAGUGCACUAGUAAAAGCUCUGCAGCAGGAUAUGCACCUCCAGCCUCAGGGUUAACAAAGAGUUCUGUGCUUUCACUAACUGAUGAUUCAUUCCGGACCCGUAAUGCCAGCAGCCUUCCAGCUGCCUUUUCUCCUAAUUCUGCAUUACCAAGCACUUCACGUGGGACAAGUAACUCGGCGGAGUCAAAGAGCAGCGGAAGUAAAGAUACGCAACCACGGAAGGCUGCCUUAAAAUCCAGAAAAUCCAAUCCUUAAAUCAUCUGUUUGAUGAAGGAGGCCAAAGACAGCUGGAGAUACUGUGAUUGAUGGACAAAAGCUAAAGCCAUAGCUUGGCUUUUUUUUUUUCUGUCUUUUUUUAAGGGAUGGAACAAAGAACUGUAAUAGCAUCUGAUGUUGUUAAACUUUCCAUGUUUGAAAUCAGAUUCCCUAGGAGGUAUAAUAUAUAUUUCUGUGAAUAAUAGCGUGGUCGCAGAAUUCCAAUUCUGACAAAAAACCAACUUCAGGUAUGUGCUGUAACUACUGCUGCAAAAGAGACAAAGUCUGCCUUUAUUUGUGCAGGGAACCAUCUAUUUUGUUGUGCUCAUCUAGAGUUUUAGCAUUUAAAAAUUGUAUGAAAGUCCAAAUCAGCUGAAAUUACCUUAGCUAGAGAAUCACUUGGAAGGGGACCGUGGACGUGAGGAAGAUACUACCUUAUCUAACCAAUCUUCAAGCCCAAUUGAAAAGUCAUACUGAAGAGGGUACAAAAAACUGUCUGCAGUUUUAUCAGUCCUAGUGACAAAAUGUACCUGGACAUUGACAAAUUCAAAUUUGACAAUGAAAAUUCUUCAAAGAUUUCUGAUAACUUUUAGCUACAAGUACCUUAAAAAUAAUAGAUUGAUGAUUUCCUUUAUUUCCUAGAAUUUAUUUUAUAAGUACUUUGUUUACAUUUUAGAUUGUAUCUGUCCUUAGUUUCAAAUGAUGAGUCUAGUUUGAAUCAGCUGUUACUCCAAGCUAUCAUGCUUAAGCUAUGUCAACAACAUUUAUUUGUACUAAUGCUAAUAUGACCAUCAGAAUUUGCCUGUGGAACAUAAACAGUUCUUAAUUAAACAAAAAAAGUCAUUUCUUGAGAUAUACUGUAUGAAGCUAUUGUCAGCUUCUCUAUUUCAAAAUGCAAUCAGCAUAUAACUAUAUUGGUAUUAGAAGAUGUUUGUUUUUUAAAAUCCAUUGAUGUAUGAUAAAGAUGAUUUAAUUUGUGAAUGCAUAUGUGUGUGUGGUUACUUUUUAUAAUGUGAAAUAAUGAAUAAUGAAUUGACUCAAAAUAAAACAUAGGUUAAUGAGAAACCUGUGUUCUUGAAAAAAGUUUUAAACAUUUUCCUGCAGUUUUUAUUUUAUAAUUAAAGAGUAAGACAGUUCGUGUUUAAGUAAUGAAUGGUAGAAACGUACUAGUAUCAGCUGUGAGUUACUCAGGGCAUGGUUAUUCAAUGUGAGUCUUUUUCAUGCUGUUUGCUUUCUCUUUACCCUCCUUAUAAGGAGACCUGGUGGUGCAGUGGUUAAGUGCUUGGCUGCUAUCCGAAAGGUUGGUGGUUUGAAUCCACCAGGUACUCCACAGGAGGAAGAUGUGGCAGUC